UGUGUGUGUGAGCCUGGUGGACGCGGCAGCAGCUGGAGGAGGUGAUCGUGCCUCUGCUGCAGUGCUGUGCCCAUGGGCCUCCAGUAUUGCAGAGAGCUGGGAGAUGCCACCAAGUGCUGCUGUGAUGCUGCAGGCUCUGGGGCUGCUGUGCCGGGAGGAGAGGCUGAGAGCUGUGGCUGCUUAACGCAGAGACUCAGAUCCUGCUCACGUCCAUAAAUCCCUGAUAGGAGGUGCAGAGAGCAUGGAGCCUGACUGCUGUCAGUGGUGCCCAGUGCCAGGACAGAAGGCACAAACCGGGGCACAGGAGGCUCCAUCUGACCAUCAGGAAGCAUUUCUGUGCUGGAGUGUUGCUACAGGGACCGUGAGAUCACUUGGGGAUCUUCAGAAGCCGCCUGGAUGUGGUGCUGGGUGUCUCUGUUAGAGCAGGGGUUUGAGCAGAUGGACCCAGAGGUCCUUUACAGCCUCAACCCAUCCUCUUGUGACUGUGUGUUUGCUUGCACUUCAGGUAGUUUAUAUUUUUGAGAGAUUAAUUAAGGGAAAGAGCUUCAGACCCUUAAAGAGAUGUUAAGGUGUGGUUUAGGCAACAGGGUAUAGUGGGGCAGGAGGUUUCACAAGGAGCUGAAUGUUGGGGUUUGAGUUCCAUGUAACGUGCGUUAUGUGUGGUAGUUGACAGGAGUAUGUCUGGACAUAAUUUGUGAUGGAAGAUUUUAUAUUUGCUUCCCUUUCAUUAUGAGUACAAAGCCUAUAGGCUUCAUUGUGGCCUAUAGGCUUCAUUGUGGCCUAUGGGCUAUAGUUUGCCUAGGCAAACUUUGCUUUAAAGGUUGGCAUCCAUUGCUUUCAGAUGGGGUUUUUUAUUCAGUGCUGAAUCUGGAGAGAUGUAAGCUAAAUCUGACUGCUUCAGCGGUCUCCUGGGCCAUGGUAGUGUUUACUACAGCUGCAGUAGGAAGAUCAGAAACUGACAGAAUAGUUGCACGUCUUUAGGUUUGCAGCUGGCCUUUGUUUAGAGAAAAGGGAAAUGUGAUUCUGAACAGGGAGAGAAAAUGAGUACUAAAGAGAGGUACUGGUGGCAAGUUGUUGCCCGUUCAUGCUGUGCCGUUCUUAAAAGGAAACUUCUGCUCAUGAGGGUUAGUUAUAAUAACUUCUUAAAGAAUAUUAUUUUAAAAAUAAUCCCCCACUCCAUCAGCUACUUAAUGGUGUGUGUUUGCUUUCAGAGCCUUUCACGUGGAUUCCAAGUAUGGAAAUUAAGGCAGGAGUUUCUUUAGAAGUGUGAUGCCAGUGAGUUGGAUCUAAUCUUCUAUGGAGGAGCUUGCGUAACACUAAGAGAUCUGACUCGAGCUGCCUUAAUAAUCCCCAGGUAGUCACUGGGGAGGGUGAGCUGCUGCUUAGGGAGUGAGGGAUGGAGGAGCUGCCUUCUGGAGAAGUUCAGUUGGGUGCCUGCAGUGGGGAUGGCCUGAGGAGUCCUGUUUGCUGGAGGGCUGCUAAAUAAUACUGCUUGGGGGAGUACUAAACAGUUUUCUGCUGAAGUGUAGGAUGUGCAGGUGCUUCAUAUCAAGAAAAUAACAAGCAAAGCUUACUUCAGUUAUAAAUUGCAGCUUUUUCUUUACUAGCUUUGUGCCAGUAAAAUUGCUGGGCUCCACUGGUUGUUAGUGAUUCAUAUUCCGGAAGGUUUGAUACGUGCUUAAUCAAAAGGCACAAAGACGUUGUCAGAGUUCAGGACCUGAGUUCAAAGGCCUGCCACGUAAAGUCCAGUGCAGAUACUUUGGGCAGCUAAUCGUAGACAAACAGAAAGGGGCCAGAGGAGGAAGUUUUAAGUCAGACUGGAGUAAAAGGAUCACAGAUUGACUCGGUUCUGGGUACACCUUGAUCAGAACGCCUCUCCGAAGUCUCUAGAAGUGACACCUGAGAGUGGCACACAACUCUUUGCUUUGGUAAGGAGCAGGGUGUUAGCUGAGCAAACAUGCCUUCAGGCCGUGUGAAUGGGAGGUGUGGAAUCAGAGAAGGCAUCUCCAGCCAUUUUGCUCUCAGAUGUCUUAAAGUUUGAGCCUCCAUAUCUGUGCUGGGAUUGGUAGACCUAGAAUCUCAUUUCCUUAGGCAGCAAAGCUAAAAAAUUCGCAGGCAAGUAGAUUAAAAAUAAUAAUAAUAAUCCAAGCUGCUGGAAGAAUACAGCAAUGAUAGUAAGUUACAGCAGCUGCUCUGUCCUCUGGGGCAGCCUUGGCUCCUUUCUCUGCAGCAGUCUGGCAUUUAGUUUGGAAGUGUGCCUGAUGGUGACUGAUAGAUCUCAGAGCAGAGCAUGGAAUCCCUGAUUGCCAGCUUCCUGAGCACCUGACACCCUGCUGCGUGAGGCCUUGUGCACCUUGGGGAGCUGUAGGUGAUGGGAGCUGCCCUGUUGGUCUUCCAGCAUCUUGUGCUGAGUGCUCAUGGCGUGUCCAAAGGACAGAUCUCCUGUGUGAUCUGAAUGUACCAGGUUGUCCUCAUGAGUACUCCAGUGGAGAAUGUCCAUGAUCUUCUUUGCCUGUGUGGUGCGGGUGAGAGAUGGUCUUCCCCUCUCAGCCUCCACAGACUUUCAUUUCAACCAGGACUUUUUGGAAUGCAGAAAGAAAUUGAAGGCAUUAUCCUCAGUUCUGGCACGGUAUCCAAGUCGAGGCACAGCAAAAGGACGUGACCUGAGCAUCCAUUUCCUGUCUUCUGGGGAGAUUGCCUGCAUGGCCAUCUGUUCCAGCAGUUACUCGACCAUCAUGGCAUUUUGCUUCCUGGAAGAGCUUCAAUGGGAAUUUGCUGCUUCCUAUGACACAACAAGCAUCAGUUUAGCUUCCAGACCGUAUGCUUUUCUUGAAUUUGAUGAUGCCAUUCAGAAAAUAAAACACCGCUUUAAUUACAUGAGUGGCUCUGCAACGAAGGUCAGCUGGGAGAAGGUGGAGGAGGAGCUGAGGUUGCAGCCCCCUGUUCAGCUGAAGCUGGAGGACGCAGAGCUGAUGAAUGGGAUGGCUAAUGGUGGGCACGCAGGAGUGCAUGUGGAGGUUGCCCCUGCUUACAGAAUGGAGCGUGUGACUCCCCUGGGCAUUCUGUCACUUGUUCUGAACAUCAUGUGUGCAGCUCUGAAUCUCAUCCGAGGAGUUCACCUAGCAGAGCAUUCCUUUCAGGAGGACUAUGAAGGAAUUGGAAACGUGGUAGCAUUUUUUCUACCUUUUCUAGCCUGUGUUUUUCAGUGUUAUUUGUACCUGUUCUACAGCUCCACGAGGAAGGUGAAGACAUUUGUACUCUUUUCCUCUGUUUGUUUAUGCAAUAUUUACUUGUAUGGAUUAAGGAAUCUCUGGCAAAUAGCCUUUCACAUAGGAGUGGCAUCUCUUUCCUCCUACCAGAUACUGACAAGGCAGCUUAUGGAGAAACAACCUGACUGUGGAGUAUGAAAAAGACUUUGGAGACCACAUCACAGAGGCUUCUUCUACUACCCCUGCGUUCUGAAAUACUGAAUUAUUUGAAGUCUGAUGUAGCAAAGUCCUGUCAGGCCAUUUCCAGCUGCUUGGCAGAGAAAUCAGGGCUCUGCAGAUAGCUGCUCAGUUUUAGCCUGGUCUGUGCAUUGAACCAUGUCCGUGAGCUUGUCCUACCUGUCAGCUAAGAGCUUGUGGAUAUGUAAAAUAUAAAAUAAUAAAAGAAAAUAUGUGUUUUUAUUUCA